AUAUUAAAGAAAGGGUUAAAUGAUGUCGAAACAAACAUGGCAGUAUGGGAGAGAGGAAGACAGUGUCUAUAUCGGUUUUAACCAGCAUGGAAAUAUAAUUUGAUUGAAAAUUGAAUGGAAAUAAAUACUGUUUAAUUUAAUUAUUUAUACUAUGUCAUUGUUGACAACCGUUCCUCCUUCUCUUUUCUUAUUAGCCUUUGUUUACGUACCUUCAGGCCAUACCUCAUGCCUUCGAUCGCAAAUACGAUGUGCAUCUGACUUUGUUUGUUUGCCAGCCGAAAGAAAAUGUGACGGUGUAAAACAAUGUACAGACGGUUCUGACGAAUUAUUUUGUAAUAAAGAAGCGUGUACGUCAACCGGCCAAUUUAAAUGUAAGAAUCAACGGUGCAUUAACAAAGGUUGGGUAUGUGAUGGGCACGAUGAUUGUAAAGACGGAAGUGAUGAAAGUCAUUGUUCCGUAAUUGAUCAAUAUGCUAACGACUCUAUUAAUUCAGCUACAAUUGCGGGCAUUGUUAUUGGUUGCCUCAUCGUUCUCCUCUUAACAGCCAUAUUAUCAGCAGUUAUCGUUAAAUGGAGGAAAAACAAGCCAUCCAACAAUCGUAACUCCACCGAUUCUGCUGGACCAAUAUCUGGUUACGAUGUUCCUCCUAUGCCUCCACCAGCCUAUUCACCUGAUGUUUUAGCCAUAGAUAACCCUGCCUUUUUACGAAGUGACUCAAUUGCCAGAUCUCCUCCAUCAUAUUCCUUUGCAGUUGCUUACGAUAAUCUAGAAGUCUCUCAUGAAGCGCCUCCUAUGUAUACAUUCAGAGGGGGCUUAAAUAUGACAAUUGAUAGCUCUGGUUACAGACCUGAACCUCUAAUAACCAGCUCUAGAAGAAGCUUAAAUUCGAACGAUAACGAAGCAGCAAAGUUAAACAACUCACCUACUAUGCAGAACCUAAGUGUUCUAGACUUUAUAGAAAAUACAUAUAGUGCAUCUAAAGAACAGACAACGACAAUGAGUGCUCAGGCCAGAAGUUUAUCCGUUCUUAACGAUGAACAGCAAGAGGCAUCAUCCAUAAAACGGGCUAGUUCGACACCUGUUUUAUUAAUGACCUCUAAGAGUAAUGAUAUAGAAUGUUGA